AGAAACCAUGGGAAGGUCUUUUCCGUAUACUAUCCCACCCAGACACGAUGGUGAGCCAUCGAGGAACAAGACUGGCUAUAUAGUUGGCUACGGCCUGACCCGCUAAUUGAGUAGAACGGUAUCUUUCUCCAGUUCCUGUAUAACUGUUGUCACCUUUGCAACGGAGUCAAUGACCAGAUGGUGGUUUAUAAUCAAUACUGAAUCAUCAUCAGAUCAAUAUAUUUAUCUAACAGGGCCGGCUAACCAGUGUUGCUGGGCGUGAAUCACUUCCCAGCCAACUCGCAGCUUCUUUGAGUGCUUUGGAGGAGUUAUACCAAGCAUAUACACAGAUCAGGCUGUAUAUAGCAAAGCAUCACAGGUGCUGGAGCUGUUUCCCAUAGAACAGUUCAGUUCUUCUCAACUGCCGCUGUACGGCUAUACAUUCGGCAAUAUUACCGAAAACAGAAAUGAUGUCGUCGCGCCUCGACGAUUCUGCCGCGUCUGCCCGCUUUCCCGAUAGUCUCCAAAGUUCUUCUUUUUCAUGCUUCACUAGUAGCCUACAAUGAACGUUUCUUGGAUACUGCUCAGCUAUAUCGACAAUUGUGACUAGGACCCUCUAAUAGAACCUGCCCUUCUUUCACGGGCCUUCAAACGGCUCGGCUCUCUUUCCCCUUCCCUCGUGCGUCCGUUCUUGUGUCCUUUCUGCUGUCAUCAUGGCUCCCCCGCGGCAGCGUGCGACAGCCGUUCACGAUGACUCUCGAUCCGAAGGCUCUAGUACCACAAGAGAGCAUAAGGCUGGCACUGUAAAAGGUCGCAAGGCAGCAAACAGUUCUGCGGUGGUGAACUCUGCCUCCCAUGUCAAGAUUUCCGCUAGUGUCGCCAAUGUCACCAGCGCCCCUAUGGGAGAUGGCGAUCAGUCAGACAAUCAACCCAAAAUCCACUGGUCCGAGAUGCCUCUCGAAUUCCUCCACUCCUACCGACAUGCCUACAAGAUACCCUCACCCAGCGCAUAUCCCACCGAAUACUCCCAGCUCCUCCUCUCCAAAGGAAUCGGCCUUCUAUCCCCUACAUCAAUCGCUGCCCAACGGGCUCAUCUCCGUCAAAACCAGAACACUAACGGCUCCCAGACCAACACCAAAAAAACACAUCCCCCCCACAUCGCAAGCAAGGCCAAUGGCACAAAAGGCCCCUCGGGACACAAUCCUAAGGAUAAAAGCGCAAUUGAAGGAAAGAAUGCCUUAAACCAUAUCAUCGGUCAAGACCGCGUGAGCAAAAAUCACCUCGCAUUCACCGUCCGCAAACAUUUCAAUAGCGCCGGCCUCGCGGAGCAAGAGGCCAUUGCGCGGUUUUUGUACAAAGUUCGCGAAGAGGGCAGAGGAAGACAGUUUCGUCUGAGGUUUCAACCUUAGUCGUUCCUUUCUUCGCGUAUACUCAAUCUUGUUUUUCUUUCAUGAUAUUGGUUGAUACAUCGGUGUUUUGUUGGGU